AUGGCUCUGGCAGCUGACAGUCCAGCAAGUGGUCUGAAAAAGGCUAUGCCUGCGUUGAGUGGUGAAUGCUUGAAGGAGAAUGGCCCCAACGGGUGGCGUAAGCCGGCAGUGAAAGAAGAUGGGUCAGGGAGCAACAGCAGCAGCACGACUUCGGGCUGCGAGCCCUCAGUUUGCGAGGAGAGUGAGGCGACAAAGGUGGCUCGGGACGGCAGCGGCAGCAGUUCGGGAUCACGCACAGAGACGGUGAAGGCUUACAAGGAGUCGACACAAGACGAGAGCAGCAGCUCGGCCUCGCGAAGCGAGCAAGCACAGGAUGUGCAGGAUGGUGAUCCUCCGAAACAACUGAACUCUUUGAAAACGGCCGGACCCAUGGAGUCCGUUGGCAGCCAGGUCCCAAGAGGCAAAGGCGUUGGACACCCGAACAACUGCAAGGCACUGGGUGAGUCGUUACACGCGGAAGUGUCGUCGUAUCUCCCGCCGUCUGCAGCCUCCCAGACAAUGGGUGCAGCUCGAGUCGCCGGCGCUGCCACUGCACUGCGCCUCCUCGAGUGCAAUCCGGACUCGCUGUUGUCUCGGCCGCUUGGAGGCCGAGUCUCAGCCGCAAAGCUGGCGAGGAUGCAGUACCAAGAGCGCUUGGAAGCCAAGGCCGGCGAUGCCCACGGCGAUCUGCUCGACUUUGAGGAUGGCUCGGCGGGUUCCGAGCCGGCAACAUCUUCACAGGCAUCAGCUCCAUACCGGAACGAGACGCUGCCAGGCUUCGUGCCGGAAACGCUCUGGGCGGGUGACACAGUGCUCGCACGGUACGGCCCAAACGGGCGGUUUUUCCGAGCGCGUGUCGUCCGCGUCUACAGCAGCCGCGGCAGUUCUUUGGCGGAUGUCGAGUGGCUGAGAACGCAGGACAGUCGAAGCGGCGAUGAGUUUCUGGGCCCCCUGCAGGAUGAGCUCCUGCAUCGGAAUGGCUUGCAGGUGGGUACCGAAGUGCGAGCGCUUGCGAGCUCCGGAUCGGCCCGAAGUUCUGCGGCGGCCGGCGCGCCCGGUCCCACUGCGCCCGCCCAGGAGGGGCCACCAGCCGCGGCCAUGCCGGAUCUGCUGGACUUCUCUCCCCUUGGCGAGGCGGUUCCUUCUGGUGCAGACCUCCUGGCUCCUGCAGGUGAUCUCACACCUGGCCUGCCAAGACUGGAUUUUUCAGGUGCGAGGCCCGUGGAGGCGCAGAGGCCGCCAUCGCUGAUUGGUGGUGGCUAUGGCAACGUCCCAGUGCAGGCACCUACCACAGAGAGCUCUCAAAAGCCGCAGGAAAGUUUCGACUUUGUCUCGGACCUGUUCCUGCAGGUAUCGGAUGUGCAGCCGCCUGUGCAGCAGACGGAUCGAGAGCCGAACCGUGCGCACCGUGUCCGCGACGAAGCGAUGGAGUUGUACACGGAAGCAUCUAUCUUCGAUGUGCUGAGUUGCGCCUACUGCCACCUCUUCCACCAGUCCCGUUUGAAGCAGCGCCGGGAGGAUGUGAGCAGCUCUCCGGCACAGCGACAGACUUUUGCGGUGUCACCACGACCUGCUUCAGGAUCCAGCUCUGGGAGGAAGGCUGGAUCGUCCAGUGCCCCCUCAGCAAGAUCCUCCACACCCAUCGUGGCCGAGGACGACUCGGAAACAAGGCAAGUGUCGACGGCAGCUUCCACUAAUGAGGCGACGGAAGCCUGGGCGGAGCCGCGCGGGGCCGCCGCGGCGCCGCCGCCACCGGGCGGUGCAGCUCCCACCCGGCAAUGGCAGGAGGCCAUGGACAGCCUGCAGCGCGAGUAUGCAGAGGCGCUGAAAAGCAUUGACUUUCGGGUGAACCAGCGGAUGACUUCAUUGCGAUCCCAGUUGGAUUGUUCCAAGCAGCACGAGCUGCCUCCAAGCUAUCCUCCGUCUGAUGUGUCCAGAGGCGAGACGGAUGCGGAGAUGGUCGAGACUGAUCCCGAGCUCAUCAGCCCCUGA